AUGGGAGAUGCAGCCUCAAUAGAAGCAGGAACAUUACCAAUAUUUGCACAUGUGUUUACCUGCAUAUACAUACAAGAGAAGUGUAAACUCCACGACUGCAUUGGUAUUGUCAUAAAUGUCGCAGGAAUUAUAUUAGUAUCACGACCUCAAUUCAUAUUUGGUAAUAACACAUAUUCAUCUGCACUCGGAUAUGUGUACGCCCUCUUAUCAGGAGUGGGGAUGUCUGUUGGCACAGUUUGUUCUAGAGCGAUGUCUGAUGGUCUAUCGCUAAUAGUUGUUGUAUUUUAUAAUGGGUUAUGUGGUGCUAUAAUUAUGUUAAUAUUAGUGUACCCUACAAGUAGUGAUCGGAUGUAUACAUUGAUACCUGCAUAUCCCAUCACAACUGCAUAUCUAGUAGGGAUGGUAUCAUUGUUUCUUGCUUACUUGUACUCCUACAACAGAUCCUUACAGUUACAGAGUGCUGGUAAAACAACAAUUUUAUUCAACAUCAAUAUUGUUGCUGAAUUUUUAGCUGAUGUCAUUGUAUUUCAUAAACAAGUAGUUAAUUUAGAAAUAAUUGGUGCUGUUCUUGUUAUUCUAAGUUCUAUUAUUGUAUUUGUGUUUGUAUGCUUUGAAACCAAGCUAAGUGUAAGUGAAGAAGCAAAACUUGUUCAGAAACCCAAAUAA